UCGAGCACUGGCUCGAGCCGGCACUCGACGCGGUAACCGACGAGGACCCCGUUUCAGGAAGCAGGAACCUCGGCUGUGCUCGGCUGUGCCGACUCGUGGAUCGAAUGGCAGUUGUCCCUGGUUCCUGCUGGCUUCGACAGAGCGACCGUUUCGUUGACAUGCAGUGGUGUUUUGGCUGAGUAUCGGGAGUUUCAGUGGCGUCAGCACCGUUCCUGUGGCGCCUGUGCCUACCAAUGGAGGUUCCAUCAGGAUCACGAAUCCACAGGCUGUCCAGAAGGCACUUAAGGCCACGUCCCACCACUUCCAGACCAUAACUGAUGUGCGAGCGUUCGGACAAGUGUUCCAGACCGUGCGAGCGUUCCAGACCUGUGUUGAAGACCUCCUGAAAUGCAUUUCAUUCGCUUCCACCCCGUGGUGUUAGCAGCAUUACGGCGGGUCUGGUUCCUUCAAAUGGAGGCUUGAUAGGUCUGACCAACCCCCAGGCGAUCCAGAAACCUCUGCAUGCUGCUACCUCUGCAUACCAGACCAUCACGGAAGUGAGGCCGUUCGGCCGCGGAGGUAUCGUGUGCCGAUUGCCAGACCAGUCCUGCGUCGCGGAUUUGCUAAAUUGCUCAUCAUUCGCGUCAAUACUGGCAGGUGACCCUUGGCCUACAGUCGGGCCGCCGUCCAGGUGCAGCCAGUCCGUAAGCACAGGAGCGUGGAACGAUCUCUCCUGGAGAGAGUUUGCUGGGCGCGUCUUGGGAGCCUUGCCACUAACCACUCGGCGGUCCGGGUACAUGGAGGUGUCCACUAUGCUGGUCAUGGCAUUUCCUGAGCACCAUCGCUCGACCAGAAACCGCGACGUAAGCGAUUGUAGCAGGAGCAGCCGCUGUAAUAACAAGUAAGCGUGUUGACCCUAGCGGAUAUUAGCGUUCAUCUUGCAACGGUAAGUCAACGUUACCGUACAAUCAGGCAAGGCUGUGCACACCACCGCAUAGUAAGAGAAUUGUUGCGACAGCCAGCAGUCAUAGCUCUGUACAAACUGUAUUUUCAUGCAACUUGUUUCUUCCCCUACCAUCCAUAUCAUCAUCUGCCUCUUCUCAUCUUACGUAUUCCAUUUUCCCCUUCCAAUAUAGUGCGGAGUAGCGAUUCCGAAGCACGUGCGUCAUGCUUACCUUUCCUCCUUUCCAACAUUAACGUAUUUUUCUCUUUCGUCUGUUGCUCAAGUAGCUGCGUUAUGUCGAAGCCUUUUACACGUCAGCCCACGGUGCAGUCAGACUCAGUUGUGUAGUGGCAAAUAAACAUCUCAGUGUUUUAAAGUCACGUGUGCGAACGUCGCGUAUGGCCGAGCUUAUUUUAUUUCAAGAUGUUUUAGUCUUGUGCUAAUCCGGAUACAUUGUAGUCUCAGCGAUAACCCAUAGCCCAUGUGCCAUAGUGUCCGAAUGCACAUGCGGAAGGACUGGUGGCAAACCAUUUAGUGGAAAAUGUCACUGGCAGCUGACGAGACACUUAACAUGAUGCUUCGAAUUGUAGUUCAGCGACUGCUCCUUUUGAUGAUAUAAAGACUUGCUAAACUCAUUCCGAGAUUCGCUGAAUGCCUCAAAGUCAGUUUUGUUAUGACCUGAGAAAUCUGUAGAAGUGUUUUAUUUUCCGCCUUCGAAAGCAAUUUCAUUCGCAUUACUGUUGUAGGACUGUUUUUUUUUCUGAAAGAAAACUUUUUUUUUCUUCUCCGUAACAAUGAUAAGUUGUUCUGUGCAUCUCAAUAAUGUUGGGCACCACACCAUGUUCACGCGAUACUAUGUUGUGUUUGUGCGAUCAUGUCAGGAUGUCAUACACUGUCUUGUCUUUUCUCGCCUGUGGGCAGCGCCAAGUUAUAAAUAACAGCUCACUGUCAGCAACUUUUUCCAAGGCCACAGGUAAAACUAAAGGAACUCAACUUCUCAUAAAGGUAUUCGUUUCUCCGGCUACAAAAAAGUGCACUGACGUUCGAGUAGGCUAUAAUGCUGGCCACACGGUACCUGUCCACGCUGUCUACCGCCACGAUGAAUUGCGCCACUCAGCAGCCGGUGCUUCAUCACUUACAAAAGGGAAUCUUACAAGAGUACGUACGUCAAAUAUUGGUGAGUGUUUAGCAACGCCUCCAUGAGUGGCUACUUUUCAUAUUCUGUUUCCCAUUCGCGUUUUCUCUGCUUUAUCUACACUCACAUCCUUUCUCACAGAUACACACAAGUCAAGCACUCUUCUGUAUAUUUGCACGUCUCGCAGCAUGCCAACCUGCUUGGCAUGCAUGUAGACGUGUAUAGCCUUAACCGAUGUUGCAUUUGCGCUCCAUUACUAAGGCUUUACAGUUUAGCACGAAGAAAAUUGGAACCUAGCAUGCUGAUGUCUGUAGAGUAGCGUAUUUGUGUGCGUGAAGUGACAAGUGUUUGGUGUCUUUGUCAAACUUUUGUAUUUCAAUCAAGCCAUUUGCACAUUUUGACCCUCUUUUCUGUCAGGCACGCAUACACGUAAGUAAAGGGACUUUUAUUUUGCAUUGCGUUCAGGCCAAAUGCGAGCUAUGCGAUUGUUUGUUCACCCAAAGUAUUUUUCAUCAAGUUAACAUAUUGUAAUUUUCAACUUGGAGGAAAAGGAAUGAACGAAUACGUCAGUGAAGUGCAACUGAUGUUAGUCUCAACCAAUGUUGCAUUAGAGUUCCAUUAUUUAGGCUCUACGAUUUAGCAUGAAAAAAAUUGGAAGCUAGCAUUUUUUUGCCUGUAGAAUAGUGCAUAUAUGUACGUGAAUUGGCAACCGUUUGGUGUCUUUGUCAAACUUCUUCAAUUCAAUCGAGCCAUUUGCGCAUCCAAUCUUUGUCCCUAGCGAUUUAGUAAAGCGAUUUUUGUUUCACAUUUCGCUCAGGCCUAACACGAGCUGUUCGAGUGUUUGUUAACCUAAUGUAUUUUAUAUAAAAUUGCCAUAUUUUAAUUUUCCACUUGGAGCAAAGGGAAUAAAAGAAUACGCCUUAGUGAAGUGCAUCGGGGGAGUUUUCUAAGGAAUACCUUUUAUCAACGAUUCAUUAUUCAGUGUUCCCCUUAUUCGUGCGUGCUUGCUUACGUAUACGGGCCCCUAUAUGCAUGUACGUAUACGUUUACGAGGGCGCACAUGCUGCCUGCAUGCAACGUAGUUCAGUCGUAUUUUUCACGCGAUACCUUAUUUAUUCUGGUGUGCAUUGUCGCCUCCGUGAUAAUAAUACAACGUUUACCUACGGGGAAUGCUAACAUUCCAAAUUACAAAGUAGUUGUGCUCCUCGUAAUUUGAUUGUUGUCUGAUUCGAGAAAGUUAUACCUGAGGACCACAGAAUCAAACCAUGGUUUACUAUAAUAUACCGAGACCACCCGAAAGCCGUUACAUAAACUUCGGUCGAUAUGUGGGAAACAUUAUAGGUCAUCGCAGUGGUUCAUGCUAAAGCUUUCGUCCCACAUGUCCAUACGGUCUUAUCCGGCUAUUAUUAUGACUUUACCAAUUCUCGCUACUAAUGCGCAUCUUUAUCCAAUCAGUCCCAGUGGUCGCCCCUUUGCCAACCUCUACUACGACAACAAAGUCUAGUCCUCCAAGCCAAAGUCCAAGUCCAAGUACUCCAAGUCCUCCAACGAAAAAGCCUCCCCUGGUGUGCCAGAUGAUGUCUCCCAACUACGUGACGAGUCCCUCGGAAAAAUCUAAUAUUAUCAACAGUUCAAUGCCCGAGCCUGGCCUGUGCGACUACAUCGUGCUCGAUAUACCACAGACUCCAGACGGGAAGUUCGAGAGCGAUGGGUACGACUUCCUGAAACGACCCACCAGCACGUCCAAGUACAUGUUCAGCAUGAACUUUAGACUCGUGUCUUCUAGUUCAACGUUUCUCGACAAAGCGACGCUGACGGACACCGGAAGAGAGAUACUGCAAAGUCUACCACUCCGCGGUUUUGGCUUCCUCGGCGGAGUGCUACAGCUGAACGCGUCCUCGUUUUCUCGCGCCACACUGGCGAACUACGCUUUAGUCCUAAAGUUUUUCUACGCACGAUUCACGGAAGUCCUCAGAGGGCUUGGCAUUCCCAAAGGCGAAGUCAUCAACUUCUUCGCUUUCAAACCAGUCAAUCUGGCCUCAAGCGCGCCCUUUUAUGAGGGACUCUUGGAAGGCCUUAACGACAUCCCCGGUGAUCACCUCCACCUCGUGAUACUCCUCACCAUCACGACCGAAAAGGGCCUGCCGGUCCAGCCGUCUUCUUCCUGGGACAAUCACUGCCUCGCUUCUGACUCCGAUCCGACAAUAAAAGACGCUGUGGAACUCAUUGCCAAAGCAAAGUCGCCGGUGUUCACCUUCGCUUUGACGCUGAGCCUGCGGCUUGACAUCUUUGAAGACGUAAUGGUGACGAGUCUGGGGACCACGGAGCUCAAAGAUGUUCCCAGCACCGAUCAUCGCUCUCUCGGCUACGAAGGCGAGUGCUACAAUCUGCGUGCUCGAACAACGGUUCGCUGGAUUACGACUGCGGCCGUAGGAGGCUGUUUGUUCGUCCAGUACAGCCCCAGGCGCAUCGCCACUUACGAGACUGCGGAGACGAUCCAAGGAAAGAUGACGCUUGCCUACGAGACCCUGGAUCUCUUGAAGGCCACCAGUCACACCGUCGGUUGGCUUGUUUACAACGUCACCGGUGGACUAACGCCCGAGUUAUGUGGAGGCAGUCAGCACCGUUUGAAGAAAAUACGGGAGAUUAUCGACAUGCACUGAGCCGCAAGCGGUUCUGCCGUUUGUGGACUAGCGUCUCAUCGUUUUUCGAGCAGUUGACAUCUACGUUCUUUUUCUUUACGAUGCCUUCUUUUACCCCAAUUUCGUGUAACGACGAACCUUAUGCGGUUCCCUGUAAGAGACCCCGAAGGCGAAAGCCAUUAGGACUCAGGCACGCGCUUAAUCGAGAAAAGAUAGGUCACGUGCAAUCCAUUCAAAUGACGAGAUGUAUAGAUAGGAAAAGGGCUCUUGCUUAUCUUUAUUUCUUCCGUUUCCGGUGUUUUUCUUUUUUAUUAUGGGGCCCUUUGCUUCCUACUUCUCCCAUUUUGCUGUCUGUGCUCGCCGCACUGCUUGUUGAUACAUAUAGCACCAGUUCAAGACAUUUCGUUGCAUAGGACGACCUGGUGAUUCCAGUCAGAUUGAACUUGAACACUACUGUAGGCGGAAGGUGUUGGUUCCGCUUCAUUCUGAAUGGCCAGACACAAGCAUCAAAGCUUCAUUGACUCCCCGAGUGACACCGUCCGGUGAAUAUGGACAGAAGACAGCUUCUGCAAAAUUCACGUCGAACUUAUAUGUGAGUGUGUGUAAAGUGUAUGCGGAUCAUUUCCAGCAAGACGAUGUCAUGAUCAUAGCUGUGCACCCUAAUCCACUUUAAUUCUGAUGUCUGUAAGCCAAAUAUUUAUCGUCUACUAACACGACUUGAUUUCUUUCUUUUAAA